AUGACGUAGAUUUAAAUAUUGGAUUUCUAUCUGUCCAGUGUCAUCUCUAUUCCUUAUUUAUAAUUGGCCAUCUAACAAGCUCAAAAAUGUUGGGUGAGCCCAAUCUAUAGCCCAUUAACAGUUGCUAUUCAUGGUCAAUUUUGUUUGUUUGUCUGGUUCGAUGACAAGUCUUAAAAAAUUACGGUGCUCCCGUCCCGCCCUUAGGUGGACCGAUUGAAAAAAUCUCUGCGCUUCACUUGACUUGUGUUUAUACUCUUGAUAGGGUUCUGAAAAACCCUUCAGUCCAGCCUUCUUUUCUCUCUCUCUAUGAUGUUCAGUUUACAUUUGUAACAGGCGGUGGUGAACUUAAUUUCCAAAGAUAAUGCAUGCUGUUAAGGGUGGUUUGGUUGGGCAAACAUUUGCCUUAUCUAAGAGCAACGAGUCUGAAGGGAAGAAGUCUCGAAUUCGGCGUUCAAAGGAGGAGAGGAAGACAAUGGUUGAAUCCUUUAUAAAGAAGUAUCAGAGAUCAAAAAAUGGGAAUUUCCCAUCACUUAGUCUCACACACAAGGAAGUUGGUGGCUCUUUCUACAUAGUACGGGAAAUUGUCCGAGAGAUAAUCCAAGAAAAUCGAGUGCUGGGUCCUGCUCAUUUCAGUCCAGAUGAGCUUAACACAAAUCAGUUUGAUGAACAUUAUCCAUUAGGUUCAAUUUCUAAAAAACCUCAAGUUCCUUUGAACAUGACAUCAAAUGGAAGUCAUUUUAUACCCAACCAUGACCAGGGUGCAAGUAAAGAACCAGUUGUGAUUUCUAAUGGGCUCUGCAGUGAGCCUGGAAAACAAAGGUUUGACAAUGAGGGAGUCAUCAGUGGGAGCCAGCUAGUUAAGGAAGAAGAAGGAUCUGCUAAAAUUACAUCUGAAGAUGGAAGUCAUUUUAUAUCCAACCACAAUCAAGGUGCAAGCAAAGAACCAGUAGCAGCUUCUGGUGGGCUCUGCAGUGAGCAUGAAAAGCUAAGGUUUGACAUUGAGGGAGUCAUCAAAGGGAGCCAGGUAGUUAUGGAAGUUGAAGAAUCUGCUAAAAUAACAUCUGAAGAUGGAAGUCAUUUUAUACCCAACCAUGACGAAGAUGCAAGCAAAGAACCAGUGGCAGUUUCUGAUGGGCUCUGUGGUGAGCAUGAAAAGCAAAGGUUUGACAGUGAGGGAGUUAUCAAUGGGAGCCAGGUAGUUAUGGAAGCUGAAGAAUCUGCUAAAAGGAUAUCCGAAGAGUUGCAAACUAGUAAAACAUCAGAAGCAGAGGAAAGAAUUGGAAAAUUGGCAGCUGCUAGAACUACAUUAACUCCCAUCUCAGCAGAAGUAGUGGUAGAGACGUUUCCUCUAAGAUCUGUUCCUAAGACUGCUGAAAGCUCCUGUGAAAGAUCUGGAGUGGAGAAAUUAACAGAAAAUUUUGGGAAAAAUGAAAUUGAAAAGUUAGACUUGGAUUCAGACAAUGACAGUGCUCCAAUAGAUCAAAUAAAUUCUUUGGAGAAAAAAGGGGAAAGCCCUGCAGGUUUAGUUUUGGAUAAAAAUUGUGAUCUGUUGGACAAGGAAGUGGUAGAAAAUUCUUCAGAUUCACAAAUGAAGAGCUCAAAUUUCUCUACUACAGGUGGCACCGAGCCUAAUACUCUGCUCAACAAAGAAGUUGAGGUUGAAGAUUCUGAUAAUGAUGCCUUAACAACCAAGAUGCAUGAAAGAAGCCAAAGGAUUGAUGACAAUAAGGAAAUAAAUGCCACAAAUGUUAAGAUUCCCAGUGGUGCUUACAGCAGCAGUGACAGGGUCGAAUCAAGAACCCCAAAAGGAAUUGUAUUUGAAAAUAAAGCUGAUGUUGAAAGUAAAGAGAGUUUGCAGAAAGAAAGGAAUCCAACAUUAGACAGAAAUAAAAUUGAAUCAUGCGAUGGAGCAUCAAGUAACUCUACUGCAAGAGAAACUAACCCAUUUCUGGUGGCUUUCAAAUCUUUCAUCAAUGCCUUGAUAAAAUUUUGGUCUGAAUAAAAAUCUAGUAAAGGUUGUGUUAUUUUUGUCAAUGGAAAUGUUUUUGGGAGUGGAUGAAUCUUGUAGUACACUUAUAUUUAUUAUAUUAUUAUUUUAGAGUUAAAGAAUGUGCUUGCACUUAGAACUUCUCUCUGUAAAUUCUAAUACUUUACUAAUUAAUCUUUCUGUUUGACUGAGCUA